GGCCCGACAGUUGUUAUAGUCGGGGUCUAGAUCAGAACGGUUUACCGCAUGUAUUUAUAAUGUUUAUUUUAUUUGCAAUUCUUUGCACUCAACUGGUACUCAAUGGAGGCCACGAGAUGCCCUUCGUCGCCUUCUUUCUUCCCAACCAACUCGAACAGGAAAUAAGUUUCAAGCUGUCCGCGGAAAUACUAAACAAAGAUACAGACUUGGCUGGGAUGGAGAUAAUACCGAAGAUUGAGCACAUGGUAGGCUUCGACAGCUUCAACAUGUCUAAAUCAGUUUGCCGACUGAUGGGAGAAGGUAUUGCGGGUCUCAUUGGGCCGCAGUCUCUUGAAACAGCGAGCAUCCUUCACGCUAUAAGCAAUAAAUUCCACUUGCCUUUAAUCCAAACGCACUGGGACAUAAUCUCCGGGCCAGAGACGUUCUCGGAAGCGACGGUUAAUAUUUAUCCAGACCCGGAUCUAAUCGCCAAGGGGUUAAUAGCGAUAGUGGAAGACAUGGACUGGGGGAGCUACACGAUUAUUUACGAGAAGGAAGAAGCCCUGAUAAGGUUGCAAGGAAUACUAAAAGCUCACAACAAAGGUCUCACCGCAGAGGGGCACGUCCCAUUCACUGCAUGGCAACUAGAAGGUGAUGAUUACAGACCAAUAUUGAAGGAAAUUGAGCAGUCUACAGAAACCCAUAUAAUCUUGGACUGUUCAACAGACAAAAUUAUUGACAUUUUGGAACAAGCGAAGCAAGUCAAUAUGAUGGGAGAUUAUCAUAGUUACGUUCUAACUGCUCUGGAUGCCCAUACAAUCGACUUCGGCGACUUUAAAGCGGGAAAGACUAACAUAACAACCUUAAGAUUGGUUGACCCCGGAAGAGCGAAGGUACAAAAUGCCGUCCAAGAUUUGAAGUAUUACGACAAAAUGGGCUUCUUCUCCAAGCUUUCACCCGAUAACGUGCCAACAGAAGUAGCGCUUUUAUACGAUUCGUUGAGUUUGUUAGCUUAUGCUUUGAAACAGCUACGUGAUGAAAUAAAGAACGGGAUGACAGGUGACAACAAUGAAGAUGUUGAAAACCUUCGACGAAACAAUGAUAAAGAUGAAGAUGAAGAUGAAGAAGGAGAGCUAGGGAUUGUUGAGGAUGGUGGCGAUGAUGAAACAUUAAUUGAUUUCACUGAUGCUAUUGAUUGUAAGUCAGAUAAUUUCAAGAAAUAUGGGAAAAGGCUUGGUGAAAUAAUUAAAAAUACAGAAAUGGAGGGGAUGACAGGAAAAAUAAAAUUUGAUGAAAAAGGGAGGAGGAUAUUUGCAACUGUCGAUAUUACUGAACUGACCAAAAGCAGGCAAAUAGGUUCAUGGAACCCGGAAGAUGGUAUAUCUUAUACAAGAACAAAAAGCCAGAUGGAAAGCGAUAUGUUCCAGAGCUUGAGCAACAAAACUUUCAUCGUUGUAUCAAGACUUGGUGAACCUUAUUUAAGAAUUGCUAAUGAUAGUCUCGAAGGGAACGACCGGUUCGAAGGGUACUCAAAGGACCUGAUCGCAGAAAUUGCAAAUGAAUUGAACUUUAAAUUUCAAUUUGUGCUCACUCCCGACCGCGAAUACGGAUCAUUCAACAAAGAAACAAAACAGUGGAAUGGCCUUAUUAGGGAGCUUAGAGAAAGGCGAGCAGAUUUGGCAAUUUGUGACUUAACGAUCACAUACGAAAGAAGAAGUGCAGUUGAUUUCACUAUGCCAUUCAUGACCCUAGGAAUCAGUAUUUUGUUCAGUAAACCGACAAAACAGCCACCCAAUCUCUUUUCUUUUCUUUCUCCACUGUCACUUGACGUCUGGAUUUAUAUGGCCACAUCAUUCCUUGGUGUUUCACUCCUUUUGUAUUUUCUGGCAAGAUGUGCACCAGAUCAGUGGGAAAACCCUCAUCCUUGUAAUAAUGAUCCCACAGAGCUAGAGUGUGCUUUCUCGCUGCACAACUGUCUUUGGUUUUCUAUAGGCUCGCUUAUGGCUCAAGGGUGCGAUAUCCUACCAAAAGCUAUAUCGACUAGAACUGUAGCCGGAAUGUGGUGGUUUUUUGUUCUCAUUAUGAUUUCAUCGUACACUGCAAAUCUUGCAGCUUUCUUGACAAUGGAAAGGAUGGACGAACAAAUCAAAAGCGUAGAAGACUUAGCUAAACAGAGUAAAAUCAAAUACGGCGUGCUCAAUGGUGGUUCGAGUAUGAAUUUCUUCAAGAAUAGCAAUGACACACUUUAUCAAAAGAUGUGGAGCGUGAUGGACUCGACCCGUCCUUCUGUCUUCACUAAAAGUAAUGAUGAGGGAGUCGAGAGAGUUCUCAAGGGUAAAAGAGCUUAUGCUUUUUUUAUGGAAUCGACUUCAAUUGAAUAUCAAAUGGAGAAACACUGUGAGCUGACGCAAGUGGGCCGACUUCUGGACAGCAAAGGCUAUGGGAUAGCUAUGCCUUUCAAUUCACCAUACAGAACAGCAAUAAGUGGAGCCGUUUUGAAAAUGCAGGAAUCCGGAAAGUUGCUUCAGUUGAAAACAAAAUGGUGGCAACAUGGAAAAGCAGAAUGUGAAACUGAAGAAGGUGGUGGCGAUUCAGCAGAACUGGGUAUUGACAAUGUCGGUGGCGUCUUUCUGGUUUUAAUUGUAGGAUGUGCAGUAGCAUUUUUUGUCGCCAUUCUUGAGUUCUUGUGGAACAUAAGAAAAGUAGCAGUACAAGAAAAGAUAUCCCUCAAACAUGCUUUCAUGGCAGAAUUUAAAUUCGCAAUAAACUGCAGUGAGAGUACCAAACCAGUUCGGCACACAGCUGAAGAUGACGACAGCAAAGAUGACGAUGAUGAGGAAAAAUCUCUAAAACCAAGAAAGGUCUCGUAUAUAACAGACGACUAUAACGAGGAAGAGGAUAAAGACUAACGAUUGUGAAAAUAAUUAAUUAAAUUAAGUUUUUGUUUUGUAAAUGAUUUGUUGUUAAAUUUGAUUUUUUAUUGUUUAGG